CAAAGGUGAGCUCGGUGGGCUGUUAGUGCAGAGCCUGAGGCCCCGAGCAAUCCUUCAGCCAUGCAGAGCCUGUGGUCCCUUCUCCUGUACCUGUGUGGACUCCUGGUAGAUGCCUUCUCCCGGUGUGAGACGCCAGUGAAGCUUCAUGCUAAUGAGCUCGACCGAGACCAGUACUUUGGCACAUGGUUCUUCAUAGCCGCAGCCUCGUCAUCCCCCUCCUCGCUGGAGAUCUUCGUCACUACUGACAGCAUCAUGUUCAGUAUGUCCCAGAGCAACAACCUAGAGCGGCUGCAGCUGAGAGCCACCAUCCGACUGAAGACAGGCCAGUGUGUUCCCCGUUCAUGGAUUUACUUGCUUACUGAACAUAGCGCCCAUCUGACUACAGAAGGCAGGCCUCACAUGCGGACAGAGUUGUUCUCUACCAAAUGUCCUGACGUCAUCAUGGUCAAGGAAACAGACCAAGACUACGAGAGGAUCCUCCUGUACUCCCGAACCCUCCACCCCGAUGAGAAUUGUAUCUCUGCUUUCAAGAGCCAAGCUUCCUGCCUUGCUAUGAGCGAAUUCCUGCUGAUUCCCCGAACUCACAGUACCUGUGAAUUUCAAGAAUCCGGAACCCAACACUCUUAGCUUCAGACCCGCCAUGCCAGGAACGAAUCAUUCGCUGAAAUUUACUUGCCUUGGUCGACUGGAGAAGCAGUUGUAUUGAUCUUAUUAAAUAAAGUUCCUUUUCCUGAUGGUCAAAA